AGACAGUAGCUUCAGAUACAGUGCGAUCGUCUCGGAACAAGCCAGUGAAUAAUGCCAGCCAUCACGCCAUCGAGAACGGACGAAGGACUGUGCGCCAUGCAUCAGCAAAACGAUUCCGUCCCAGAAGAUUCGCCAGCGUUCCCAUGUGAAGUGAGGGGCUGCUCAGGGGUCUUAUUGAAGUAUAUAAGGCGAGUGAGAAGCCGACAACAUAUAAGUAGUCGGAAGAACAGCCCCUGUUGCUAAACGUUCCAUUGAAAUCCCAAGUCCUUUGAUACCAGUUCAAUUUCCACCUAUUCGCACCAUUAUCCAUCCAACCAAGUUCCAUUUUGCAGCCAUGGCAACCCAAGUAAUAACGGAAAACACCUACCUGGCGGGAGCCCGCAACAGUCUCAAGAAGGAAGACUGUAUGGAGCUCUAUGAGAAGUGGGCCGCCUCCUACAACGAUGACCUUGCCGACGCAUCCCAGAACUACAUCGCUCCGCUCCUUGUCGCCCAAGCCGCCCUUGCAUCCAGCAAAGACCUCGAGGCUACCGUAUUGGACGCUGGCUGUGGAACGGGUCUUGUGGCCGAAGCCCUUGCCAAAGGCAGCCCAUGGACCAUCGAUGGCAUGGAUUUGUCUCCCGCUAUGCUCAAGGUAGCAGAACAGACUGGCGUGUAUCGAAGCCUCUUCAAAGUGGACUUGACCCAACCGAUCGACCAACCAGACCAGAUGUACGACAUUGUGACAUGCUGCGGCACCUUCACACGCGGCCACGUCGGGCCCGACCCUGCCUUGAGAGAAUUCAUCCGUCUUCUCAAGCCAAAUGGCGUCAUCGUCGCCACGGUCCUCGAGGAGAUUUGGGUGUCCGGAGGCUACAAAGCUGAAGCCGACAAGCUCGAGGCAGAAGGCUUGGCCAAGGUCGUCAGCCGAGACCUCAUAGACUAUCGCAAGGGAGCGGGCGACAAAGCAACAUUGCUCCUGAUGAAAAAGGCCGGAUCCGCUUGAAUGAACGAGACGACAUCUUUCUUCUGUGUCGGGCUUUUGGCGUGAGAAGGAGGGAGGCUUUCUAACAUUCUAGGUUUGGACUGAGCUUAAGUUGGCAAGGACCUCAAGCUUGUUCCCAAUGCGACAAUGUGUUCAUUAUUCCCCAGUGCGACUGCCUGUUUUUCCCAGUGCGACUACUCCUUCCCAGCGCAACUGUUCUUCCCCCGGUGCGACCGUUCUCCGAUGGACUUCGACAGGGACCCGAGUCUAGGCUGCGCUGUAUAUGAACAAGCUUAC